AUGAAUAUUUCAAAUUUGGAAGAUCCAUUUGAUUACCUUGAAUCAUUUAAUCGUUUCAAUGAGAAUAUUAGUCAUCUUCACAUUGGUAAAGAUAAAAAAAAUGAUACAAGAAAUGAUAAAUUAUUAAAUCCUAGAAUGAAACCUUCUCUUGACAAACGAAUGACUUUGGCAUCUCCUUUACCAGAUAGUAAUGAUAUUCAUAACUUCUCUGAUCAUGAACAUUGUCAAUUUCAAAAUAAUAUUCAUCAAGAACCAUCACAAAUUGCCAUUUAUGACGACAAUGGUAAUACCACUUACUACUAUGACAAUGAUGACCCAGAACAAGAUGAAGAUCCAGAGAGUGAUGAUAUCUCUCCAACAUCAGUAAUUAGCAUAAAAGAUAUAAAAAGGAAGAAUUCUGGAGUUAGUUAUACUGAUAAUUUUCACCAAAUAGGUUCGAAUCAUUUACUUGAUAAAUACAGAAUAAGUAAAUCAUCAAAUACUUCUCCUACAAUGAAAAUACCUCUCAGACCUCAACUGAGAAUUCCUUCAAUUGAAGCAAUUGCCCCAUCAGUAGGACUCAUGAUGAGAAGACUGUCAACAUCUAAUAAUGUUGGAAACCCUUACUAUAAGCCAAAAUUUAAAUCAAUGACAUCUAUUCCUAAUUUGAUUAACUAUUCUCAACUCGAAUCAAAUUCGUCUCCGGUAUCUCAAACCAAUAAUACUGAUGCUGAUACUGAUGGUUUACAAUUCAAGUUCUGA